GUGAGUUAAACGAAAACUCUCAGUAAUGGUGCCGCAUUCGUCCGAAGAGCAUUGUUUUUAUUUUUAUUUCUUCCGCGAAAAAAAUUCCAAAAUAGGUCGGGCAAUAACGUUUCAUGGAAAAAUUUGGUGAUUUCUGGUUUUUAUAUCUGAAAUACGGGCUUCCCAGGGCAUCCUUCAAAAUUACAAUUGUUUACCUGUGUACAAGCCGUCUGGGGCACGAGCCAUGUGAGACAUCUGCUUCCGAUCAAUAAACAUGUGACGGGCUUUGUAUUUUCCCUGGCGUGCAGUUGCCAAGACAGUUCAACAGGACAAAACCUUGUUAAAUAAGUACGAAAAGGACAGAAAUUAUUGGCUGAAGAUGAAAACAGCAACUACCAGGCAGAUAAUUGGAUGCAUCGGGAAAUGCACAUCAGGUCUAAGUGUCGACGAACUCGAUGCACUGACCGAUAAUGUCCACAGCACCCUGGGGCGCCAUGAGGGGCGAAAAAUAUUCAGGGAGUUUCUCCGUAAGGGAAAACGUAAGGACGACCUCGAAUGCUUGGACUUUCAUGAGCGAUGCUGCAGAUAUAUCGAAAAUGAUCAAAAUUAUACUUUAUCCACAGAAAAUCCAAAUCUCAAAAUGCUGAUAAAUGACGUGAGCGAGGCCUUUGAUACUGCUAUCGAGCUGGAGAGAAUUCCCGAAAUAGAUAUGAGCAUUUUGGAGAGAUUCAACGAGGUCUUGAACACCCCCUGCAGAGAAGGUCUGCUGCUGGUGCUGCAGGAUGUAAAACUGAUGCUCGAAGAUCAUCUCAGGGUAUCCCACAAGGACUUCAAGAUUUAUGCUCGCCAACCGUGUCCGAAUACGAGAUGAUUGAAAUUAAAAUCGAGAUUGUUACUAUGUUUAUAACUUUAAUGUAAAGAUAAUUGUAAUUUUCAAUCACCAUUGAGCUCUUAUUAUGAAUAGAUGAAUAAAUGAGAAGGUAUCGUAAGAAUAAGAAA